AUGGCCCUCACCCGUUUACUCCGUACCAUCCCGGCGUCAUUCCAAUCACUAGCUAUUUCACGAGAGUCACGACUCUUCUCAAGAUCUCAGAAGAACGUCCGAACUUUCACCUCCUCUUUAAAGUGGAAAGACGAAAAUCAUCCUUCUACUUCGCCCCACACGAGACCAGCAGACGUUGUGGCUCAUGUGGUUCCAGGUCCAGUGACGAUCCAUGAGACUCCCGGAGAGAUAACAGCGGAUGUAGUUUCUGAUGCUCCCGCUGAACUACGUUAUCGACCCGUUCGGAUUUACCGUCCUACCAAAUCAACCAUGCAAUCAGCCAAGGGUAAAACGAAAAGAUGGAUCGUAGAUUGGGAUGUUUUACAAGGAUCAGGAAGAUGGGAGAAUCCUUUAAUGGGUUGGGCAAGUUCAGCGGAUUAUAUGCAAGGUACUACUAUGGCAUUUAGGACGAAAGAGGAUGCUAUGGCUUUUGCGGAGAAGCAAGGUUGGGAUUAUUAUAUACAAGAACCAAAAGAAGCGAAGAUCCCUCCGAAGAAUUACGCAAACAACUACGUUCAUAUCCCUGGCAAAUUGAGAAUUCAUCAUACAAAAUAAACUAUGCAUGAUAUUUCCCCUUCC